AUGCAUUUGGCAUUUACUCGACAUAUCCGCUGUACAUAUAGCAAAUGUUUACUACAGCACAUGGGUGCUGAUUCCAGAAGCGUGCUGCCUCUUGAGGAGAUCUACAACUUCCUUUCUGCAUCUGUGUCUGUUGAAAUCUGGGGACUUGAUGCCAGUACCAGGCAUGCUGGGACAAUCGUUGGGUUUGACGAGUACAUGAAUGUCGUGAUUGAUGCGAAUGGAAAGCGUGUCUUGAUCAAGGGAGAUUGUGUAUGUGCAGUAGUUGCUAGGGACGAUGCUGCGCAGAGAUAG